ACCCUUUUUGAUAAAGUUUAUAUAGAUUAAAAUAUUUCAUUCCAAGUAAUUUUUUUAUAGUAAUCACGAUGUACAAAAUUUGGUUUUUUUUACUUAUAACAGUUUAUUGUAACUGUUUGGCUCAAACUGAUAAUUCAACAACUAAUAUUAAAUCUCAAAAUUUAGAAGAAAGCAACUUGAGUCAAAACGCUAGCGAUGAGAGUGUAGAUUUAGAAAAUGGAACGAACGUUGCAGUUCCCCCCAAGAUAACUUCUGUCGACAGAACUUUCACAACUACUUACAAAGAAGACGUAAUUCUACCUUGCGCGUAUACAGGAUCUCCAAUUCCUGUUGUCACGUGGACAAUCAAUCAUGUCAAAUUCUCAAGAGACGCCGCAGGUAGAAUCAAACAACUUCAUAACGGUUCUCUUUUAAUUCGCGACCCGACAAGUACCGACACCGGAGAAUAUUCUUGCCAAGUUAGAAACGAUUUUGGUCAAGAUGUUAAAACUUAUCGUUUGGUAGUAAAAACACCCCCGAAGGCUCCUUCGGUUCAAUUAGUUUCAACAACAAACAAUUCUUUGACUAUAAAUAUAAAACCGAGCGAUAAUGAAGAAGAACCGAUUCUUGGUUAUAGCGUUCAUUACAAAGAAGAAUUCGGAGAAUGGGAAACGAUACAAAUAGCGGAUGAAAAGGAAUUUACAAUCGAUAACUUGAUAUGCGGAUCUAGAUAUAGACUUUAUGUUAAUGCUUUUAAUAACAUUGGACAGGGAGAACCGUCCGAUACAAUCCUAUUAAAAAUAAAAGGAACGAAACCAAUAAUUCCAAAAAUAGAUAAAUUCAUCGUUGUGCUUUCCACCAGCGCCGUGUUACACUUCAGGGCUUUUCCUGAUGGUGAUUGUUCCUUGUUAUAUUUCGUCAUCGAAUUGAAAAAAAAAAUUGAUACCGAAUGGAAUCAAAUCAACAACCGUGCUCAACCAGGUGGAAUGUUAGUUAUUCAAGACUUGGAUCCGGGUUAUUGGUAUCAGUUAAGAGUAACCGCUCAUAAUAGCGCGGGAUUCAGUGUAGGAGAAUAUGAAUUUGCUACUCUUUUUGUAAGAUCAUCCAAUAAUUGAUGUUAGAAUGGGCGAUUAGUUUAUAUAAUAUUAAGAUGUUUUAAAAUUGUUUUUGUAAAAAAAAUGUUUCUAAAUAAAUAAUUCUUCAAUA